AUGACUGGGCAAGAGAGAUGUGCUGAUUUUGAUCAACAGCCUACGAAAAGACAGGACACUUCUAUCUCGAAGGGGAUAGCUCAAUUGAAAGCAGAGUACAUUGUUUGCUCUCAGGACGCCAAAGUUGUUAGUUAUGAUGCCGAUGAGGAGCCUUCUUCUGAUCGGAUAUUGAAUGAUGUGGGGUCUAACGACAGUGGUAAGAAGAGGAAGAAUAAAAAGGGCAAAAAGGGCCAGAACAAGAAUAGAGAUAAUAGACAGGUUAAAGAAGCCAAGGCUCUGUGUCCAAGAUACGUCCAAGGCACUGAAAAUGGGGAAACGUGCAGUUUUGGCGAUAAUUGUAGGUUCGUUCAUGAUAUUUCGGAGUACCUGUCGAAUAAGAAACCCGAGAUCAGGUCAGAAGUGUUUACCGGGUGCCCAGUGUACCAGUCAAUUGGGUACUGUCCUAUGGGGUUCAAGUGUAGGUUUCUGUCGUCGCAUCUAGAUGGAUUGAAGCUGAUCAGGAGGGAUGAAGAGGAUUACAGGAAGUUUUUGGACGCGAACCACGAGGUCAACCACAUAUCAGGCGCUUCGAAGCUGGAUCUGGUCAAGAAAAGGUUCCCGUUCACCAAGAGCGAGGAAGUUCUCGAAAUCAUUGAUGCCAUACAGCAGGAGUUUAGAGACAGCAUGGAGGCUGCGCCGGAGGAGAAAGAGGCAGAAACCACGGACGAGAAGGCGCCUCAGGUGGUUCAGAGGGAGAACGAGUUGCGGACCAAGAGAGAACGUCAACGGGAACUCUGUUUGAGGUACAAGGACACCAGAUAUUUUGCACAGGAGAAGAAGCAGCUAGAUUUGCGCCGCAAGAAGAUUGUGUCACCAUUGACCACCGUCGGUAACUUGCCGUACCGUCGUCUCAUGAGAAAGCUCGGCGCCGACGUCACGUAUUCCGAGAUGGCUCUAAGUGUUCCCUUGAUCCAGGGCACGAAUUCGGAAUGGGCGCUUCCUAAGGCGCACGUCACCGAGUAUCCUGGCUUUGGCGUACAGAUUGCAUGUUCUAAGGCCUGGCAGGCGGCCAAAGCCGCUGAAGCACUGGCGUGCCACACUGACGGUCACGUCAGCGAGAUCAACCUGAACUCAGGGUGCCCGAUCGAUCUGCUUUACAGACAGGGCUCAGGCAGUGCGCUCCUGGACAACCCUGCCAGGAUGAUUCGGUGUCUGAACGCGAUGAACUACGUUUCUGGCGAAAUACCGAUCACGGUCAAGAUCCGUACGGGAACCAAGGACGACCAUCCAGUCGCAGAGGGCCUGGUGAGAAGACUCGUAUACGAGACGGACGUCAGCGCCAUCACGUUGCAUGGGAGAUCCAGACAGCAGAGGUACACCAAGAUGGCAGAUUGGCACUACAUUUCGCGCGUAGCCGACACUCUGAGGGCUUGCGAAGAAGAAUACGCCGAGAAGGCAGAGAGAGAGCGCAGCCAAAGGAUCCAGUUUGUUGGCAACGGUGACGUCAACAACUUUGAAGACUGGUACAAGCAUCUGGAAUCGAACGAAGCCAUCGACAGUGUUAUGGUCGCGCGUGGCGCACUAAUCAAGCCCUGGAUUUUCGAAGAGAUCGAUGCCCAGCAGCACCUGGACAAGAGCAGCAGUGAAAGACUCGAUAUCCUGAAGGACUACGCCCAGUUCGCGAUGGAACACUGGGGAACCGACGAGUACGGUAUCUCACAAUGCCGCCGCUUCUUCUGCGAGUUUAUGUCAUUUUUCCACCGCUACAUACCAAUGGGCAUCUGCGAGCGGUAUCCGGUGCAGCUGAACGAGAGACCGCCCAACUGGAGGGGCCGCGACGAGCUGGAGACCACGCUCGGCAGCACCAACGUAGCCGACUGGAUCAAACUCAGCGAGCUGUUCUUCGGCAAGACAGACGAAAACUUUGUGUUUCUGCCCAAACAUAAGAGUAACUCGUUCGCAACGGCCUAG